CCAUAGGUAGAACUCUUUUGUCAAGUGAGGUAAUUUUAUAUCUUGUUACAUUAUUCUGUUUAUUUGGCGGUAAGCACAUGGUGCAGCAAAGUCAGGAAAACCCUCAUAUAUUACGAAAAUAAGGCACAAGGAGUUUCACGGUGAAGUUUGGUACUGUUUGUGACUCUGCGGCGGGAAUACCCGUAUUUUUGUUCUACAUUAAACUUCAUCAGUCAAAACCAAGUCAACCUUGUUUUAUCUACGAGAGGGUCGAUCCAUAACCGCACAUCUCUGCCGUAACAGUGAAACUCCUUCCGAGGAAUCGUAAAACGGUGAGUGUGACCUAUGGAAGCCUGAAGACGCCAUUACCGAUGCUGUGAUUGAACGUAACUGCGACAUAUGAUGUUUCUUUGAUGAUGUGUAACUGUGAACGAAAUAUUUGCGAUUUAUAGUGAUAACAUUGCGAUUUAUAUUGAUGAUAUUGACUGGUUUAAAAUUGUAUGGCGGCACGUUUGCGGUAUAAGGUGACAAUUUUUAACAUAACAUUUUGUGUUUGAAUGUGCAAAUAACUGGUUAAACUUUAUUGCUAUAGCAAUAAUAUCUGUGCAUAUGAACAAUCAUCAGAACUGUUCUGUAGAUCUGAACUGCAUUGACACUUUAUUGCAACCGUUUAUUUUACAUGUUUUACAAUUUACAUGUUUUGUAGUCAGUGUUUAUGCAUGUGUACAUGUAUUUACCUCAUGUGCUAAGGGAAGGUUCAGAUAUUUUAUUGCAACACUUUAUUGCAUAAUAGCUACAGGGAUUUAGCAUUCUAUUGUUUGUAAGUGCAGUCUUACUCUCUGUGUUACAAAUAUGUCGGACGACGGGACGCCUUAUACAGAUGCAUUUUCAUUUAUUUCUCCCGAAUCAAGGAACGAAGCGAACACAGAUCACGACAGAGAAAAUACUGAAGAAACCUCUGAAGGAGCUGCUAAGGACUCUGAACAAGCAAACCAGACCUACACAUUAAGGCCGCGUGAUCGCAAGAUGACCCCGAAAGGUUUAGAUUGGCAAGUCGAUAAGAUAUGCUCAGACUUUAAGCUUCAUGUUUCAAGAUGGCGGAAGUGUGCCUCUUCUAUUGAAAUUCUUAUCUCGGAUUCGAGUGAUACCAAGCACAUUAGACGAGAAAGAGACAUUCUUAUGAACAUUAUGACUACUCUAAGUGAAAUUUAUGAUAGGCUGAAACAAACACUUACCAAUGAAGAAGAUGUGAAGUACAGAGACUUAUUAGAUCAGUAUCAGGGAAGAUUAGAGAUUACUUCUGGAGAUAAUCAUACAUUAAUGAGAGACAUCUCAAACUGUUUAAGAGAACUAGAGUGUGACUCGGUUUCCAGGGCUUCGAGUAGAUCACACAACAGUCGUACAUCAAGGUCAUCGAGGCAUUCCAAUACGUCCCGGGGUUCUAGAGAGUCGAUAGAUACAGUCAUAGAGGCAGCGGCCCUGAAGACAAAACUGAAGUAUAUUGACACGGAGGCAAAACACAAAGCAGACCUUGAAAGGAUCAGAGUCCAGAAGGAGCUUGAUAUAGCCCAGGCUAAGUUAGAAGCACUUGAGACUUUGGAGGAUACUGGACCAUUCUUAUACAGUGACUUUAAACAUUCCGUCCCGGAGCUUGACUCCAAGGAGCAUGUUAAAAGAUUUAUUGAUACUCAGGUCAGGCCAGAAGAGGAUAAGGCCAAGAUAGAACCAGUGUCUCAAGCGCCUCCAAUUCUGCAUAGGAACCUCAUGCUGCCUACGUUCACUUCUCCACAAACACAGCAGGAAAAUGUUGCCACCAGUAAUGCAUCAAGAGUUCCGCUAAGCAACGUAGACUUGCAGUCACUUAGUAAUCCUACACCGCCUAGUAGUGGUCUUAGACCUACGGAGCAAGGCUUAUUAGAUCUGGCUACUUCACUAGCGAAGCAAGUUAGUCUAGGUCGUUUACCUCCUCCUGAACCUACAAUUUUCCUAGGAGAUCCUUUGAAGUACCCUAGCUGGAAGGCAUCAUUUCAGACACUCAUAGAACAACGUCAGAUUCCAGCAUCAGAAAGGAUUCAUUACUUAAAGAAGUAUCUGGGUGGAUCAGUUAAAGACGUUGUAGAAAACUAUUUUCUACUGUCGACAGAUGAUGCAUAUGAGGAGGCGAAAGGACUAUUAGAACAAAGAUAUGGUAAUGCGUUUGUUGCCAAUGCAUUCCGAGACAAACUGGAGAAAUGGCCGAAGGUAGGACCAAGAGAUGGUGUUGGGCUGCAGAGAUUCGGCGACUUUCUCAAACAGUGCUACACAGCUAUGCAGGGCAUUGGGAGCUUAAACAUCCUCAACGACGAGAGAGAAAACAGACGAUUACUAAGCAAACUACCAGACUGGCUAGUAACAAGAUGGGGUAGAAUUGCCACUCAAUACAAAGAAGAGAGGAUGGAAUUUCCUCCAUUUAAGAACUUCAUGGACUUCAUAGUUAAAGAAGCUAAGAUUGCAACAGAUCCUAUAACCUCGAUAGAGUCUGUGAAGAAGUCUGAACUCGCCCAUACAGAGCCGAGUAAACCACGACCUGAUUUCAAGGCACGACAGCGAGGUACAGCUGACUAUGGAAAACGGUCUUUCCUGACAGAUGUUGAUGAGGAUCAGGUUGCAAAUGUGAAUGUUGCAAAUAGGAGUGACAGAAGAAGAAAUUGUGUUUUGUGUGAAGGAAAUCAUGAACUAGAUGACUGUAAACAGUUCUUAACGAAGAGUUUGGAAGGAAGAAAACAGUAUGCGAAACAGAAAGGUCUUUGUUUUGGAUGUUUACAUGCGGGUCAUUUAUCAAGGAAGUGUCGUCAGAGAAAAAGAUGCAGAACUUGUUCCAAGUUCCACCCGUCAUCCUUACAUGGGGACGUAUAUCAACGAGGACAGCACCAGAUGGUGGAGGAUAUUAAGACAGUAGUGUCAAAGGAGAGUUCAUCAGGAACAACACUCAUGAAUCACUCUGGAGCAUCUAGUAAAAGUACCAUGAUACUUCCAGUGUAUGUUUCACAUAAAGAGAACCCAGAUAGAGAGAGGUUAGUUUAUGCACUACUCGACACACAGUCGGAUACCACCUUUAUUCUAGACAAGACUUCAAAGGCCCUUGGACUUGAAGGAAAACCUGUGAAGCUCAUGCUUUCUACCAUGUAUGCAGAGAAUAAAGCUGUAGAUAGUUGUAAGAUUGGAGGACUUCUUGUGCGUGGUUUCAACAGUGAACAUAGGAUACCAUUACCGGAAACGUACACAAGAGAGAUCAUGCCUGCCAACAGAUCUCAUAUUCCGACACCGGAAAUUGCAAGAAGAUGGCCUCACUUGGAAGUUAUUGCAGAUGAACUUCUACCUCUUGCUGAUUGCGAGGUUGGAUUACUUAUUGGCUACAACUGCGUGAAGGCUUUGACGCCUAGAGAUGUUAUCGUUCCAUCCGUAGACGGACCUUAUGGUCAACGCACUGACUUGGGGUGGAGUGUAAUAGGCAUAGUAGAGAAUGACUGUUCAACGGAAUGGGAUGAGGACCCCAUAGGAAUUAGUCAUCGUAUUGUUGCGUGCGAUGUGCCUACAGAACUUUGCAGAUCUGAAGUUUCAAGACCAGGCUCCACCGUCACCAAAAUUUUCAAAUCCCUCAACUCAUUCCUCAACGCAAAUCCUCAACAGAAACAUGCAUAA